UUUCAAUCACUGUUAUCCUUUAUCUCAUACUCUGACAGGAUCGAGAUAAAUCCGAUUUGCUUACAUUUUCACUCGUUGUGAUAGUUCGAAUGGAUAAGUUCAUUUGAAAAUGUUCGGCGUUGAAAGGCGACUCAUAUCCAGGGCUGUGGCCCCCAGGCGUUAUUUGCACUAUUCCGUUUUCGAUGUGCUGGUCGUCGGGGGCGGUCACGCCGGGGUGGAGGCGGCUGCUGCGGCCGCGAGGAUGGGAUCAAACACAAUCUUGAUCACUCAUAAAAAGAGUACAAUCGGUGAAAUGUCAUGCAACCCCUCAUUCGGUGGGAUAGGCAAAGGCCAUCUCAUGAAGGAGGUAGACGCACUGGACGGCGUAUGUGGUAGAAUCUGUGAUAUAUCAGGAAUACAGUACAAAGUGUUGAACAAAAGAAAAGGUCCAGCAGUCUGGGGACCUCGUGCACAAAUUGACCGAGAUCUUUAUAAACACCACAUGCAGAAGGAGUUGUUCGAAAAUACCCCAAACCUCCAUAUCGCGGAGGCAUCCGUUGAAAACCUUCUAUUAGAACAGCCUUAUGGUGAACGCAGGAGCAAUGCGACCAAAGCAUGUGCCGGAGUUGUCAUCCGUGGUGGCGCUGAAAUAUUUUCCCGCUCUGUCAUCCUGACGACGGGAACAUUUCUCCGAGGCCAAAUCAACAUAGGUCUUGACGUGACCCCUGCAGGGAGGCUCGGUGACGAACCGUCCAUCGGACUGGCCGACACGUUAAAAAAACAGGGUUUCAAUUUGGGAAGACUUAAAACUGGUACCCCUCCGAGGCUAAAUGGUAAAACGAUAGAUUAUUCCGUUUGCGAAAAACAUUAUGGCGACAAGGAACCUGUCCCUUUUUCUUUCAUGAACGAUAAAGUUUGGAUCAAGCCUGAGGAUCAGUCUAUUUGUUAUUUGACGCAUACAAAUCCUUGUAUGAACAAAAUAAUUCUGGACAACAUGCACCUGAACAGACACGUCAAAGAAGAAAUAAAUGGGCCUAGGUACUGUCCUUCGAUCGAAUCCAAAGUUCUACGGUUUGGCGACAGAUGUCACCAAGUCUGGUUAGAACCAGAAGGGUUAAAUACGGAUGUCGUAUAUCCCAACGGUUUAUCUUGCACUUUACCCGAAGAACUUCAGGUCCAAAUGGUCCGUACAAUUAAAGGUUUGGAAAAUGUUGAGGUGCUCAAAUCAGGAUACGGCGUUGAAUAUGAUUAUGUUGAUCCACGCGAGCUCAAUCCACAUUUAGAAACAAAAAGGAUCUCUGGGCUGUUUUUUGCCGGGCAGAUCAACGGAACGACUGGCUACGAAGAAGCAGCAGCUCAGGGUAUUCUAGCAGGAAUCAAUGCCGCUGCUUAUGCGAGGGAUUGGGAAGGAAUGACAAUCAGCAGGUCUGAAGGGUAUAUAGGCGUUGUCGUCGAUGACCUGACAACACUGGGCACUUCAGAACCUUAUCGCAUGUUCACUAGCAGGGCUGAGUUCCGUUUAUCCCUGAGACCGGAUAAUGCUGAUUUAAGGCUGACGUCCAAGGGCUUCCAUGUUGGUUGUGUAUCAAAAGAAAGGUACGAGAAAACAAAAAAAUUCAAGGAAACAUUAGAAGAGGCCAUAGAUGUUUGCAAUUCUAUUUCCGAUUCGGUUCAAAACUGGAGGAACGUACUUAAGCUCUCACCCUCAACAAACAAUGAAACAAAAACCAUUAUGGAAUUAUUAUCGCUCUCUUACGAAAACUUGACAGUUGAGAAGCUCGCAGAAUCAGUUCCGGAGCUUAAAGAAAUCGCAGAAAAUUCCGAACUUUGUCGAAGGCUCAAAAUUGAAGCAUUGUACCAAUGUGCAGUUGAAAAACAGCAUGAAGAAGUGAUGAGAAUCAAACAGGACGAAGCAGUAGUUAUACCGCCGCAUAUUGACUACACAACGAGUUCUUUGUCCAUUUCAAACGAAGAACAGGAAAAACUUAUGGCCGCAAUGCCUCAGACAAUCGCUGCGGCCAGCCGAAUCCCGGGUGUGACGCCGUCGACUAUACUGAGACUCUUAUACUAUAUCAAACGAGGGUCGAACAUAAAACAGGAAGCGAAAGUUGUUUCUCAAACAUUAUGAUAUUUAUAUUAUGUUAUGUAUUCGUAAAAAAAAAUCUAUUGUGAUAUUUGCAAUAACCAAAUUUGGAGAUUAUGUGUUCUUUAUUGUGUAUAAAAAAGAAGUGUGAAAUAUAAAAAGGUAUGUUUUUAUUUUUUAACAUAAAUCAGCGUUUUGAUUAUAA